AUGCCCGGGGGCCAGGGGGCGCCUGCCUCUCCCCAGGCGGCCGGGAGCGCCCCGGACAGGGUGCCGUCGGGGCCCGCGGCCGGCCCCUCGCCCCAGCUCGCGGCCCCGCGCGAGUCCCCGGCCCCUCGGCGGGGCGCGCUCCGCGCCAGCGUCCCGCAGAAGCUGGCCGAGGCGCUGAGCAGCCAGUACGGGCUGAUCGUGUUCGCGGCGGGGCUGCUGCUCCUGCUGGCCUGGGCCGUGCACGCCUCGGGCGUGGGCAAGAGCGACCUGCUGUGCGUCCUCACGGCGCUCAUGCUGCUGCAGCUGCUCUGGAUGCUGUGGUACGUGGGCCGCAGCGCCGCGCACCGCCGCCUCCUCCGCCCCAAGGACUCGCACGCCGGCGCGCGCUGGCUCCGCGGUAGCAUGACAUUGUUCGCGGUCAUCACCAUCAUCCUGGGAUGCUUUAAAAUUGGCUACUUCGUUGGAUUCUCUGAAUGUUUAUCAGCCACUGAAGGCGUCUUCCCUGUCACACACGCAGCACAUACUCUGGUCCAGGUGUAUUUUCUUUGGGGGCAUGCCAAGGAUAUCAUCCAGUCUUUCAAAACCCUGGAAAGGUUUGGGGUGAUCCACUCGGUGUUCACUAACCUGCUUCUGUGGACCAAUGGUGUCCUGAAUGAGUCAAAGCACCAACUUAAUGAACAUAAGGAACGUCUCAUCACGCUGGGCUUCGGGAACGUCACAAUAGUCUUGGACGACCACACGCCUCCGUGUAACUGCUCGCUCCCGACGCUCUGCUCGGCCAUCUCACACGGGAUCUACUACCUCUAUCCCUUCAACAUAGAGUAUCAGAUCCUGGCUUCCAUGAUGCUCUACGUCCUGUGGAAAAACAUCGGACGCAAAGUUGACGGCCAUCAGCAUCAGAGCAUGCGGUUCAAGUUCCGCGGGGUCGUGGUGGGCUCGGUCCUGGGCCUGAGCGUGCUGGCCGCCACGAUCGGGGUCGUGGUGGUGUAUCUGAUUCAGAUCGGGCGCUCCAAAUCCAAGAGCGAGUCGGCGCUCAUCAUGUUCUACCUGUAUGCCAUCGCCUUGCUGAUACUCAUGGGGGCCGCCGGGCUGCUUGGCAUCCGGAUUUACAGGAUAGACCAGAAAUCGCUGGAUGAGUCCAGAAGCCCGGCCCGCAAACUGGAUGCCGACCUCUUGGUGGGCACCGCCUCCAGCUCCUCGCUCAUCUCCUGGGGUUCCAUCUUGGCCGUGCUCUGUGCCGAAGCCUGCCCCCCCUACACCUGGUUCAACCUGCCCUACUCCGUCCUGAUGAUUGUUGAGAAAUACGUCCAGAACCUCUUCAUCAUUGAGUCUAUCCACCGAGAGCCGGAGAUGCUGUCUGAGGACAUCAGAACCCUGCGAAUGGUCACCGUCUGCAGCGGCAAUGCCAUGCCCCUCUCCUCUUCCGGCCUCAGGAACGGGGCUGUGGCCGGGGACGCGGCUUCCCCAGGCGGCGAGAUGCUCCGCGCGGCCAACGGAAACACGUGUCUGAGAGAAAGCUGUGGCGGAGAGGGGGGCGAGGGGAGCCGGGAAGGGACCCCGGGCCCCUCCUGCCGCCCCGGUUUCUUGCAGGGCGACGGCAAGAGAAGCGUCUUGAAGAACAUCGCAGCCUUUCUGUUCCUCUGCAAUAUUUCGCUCUGGGUCCCUCCCGCCUUCGCUGCCCGCCCCGAGUACGACAACGGAUUAGAGGAGAUUGUCUUUGGCUUUGACUGGAUCAUUGUGGUCAACCUGGCCAUGCCUUCUAUUUUCUACCGAAUGCACGCAGCUGCCUCUCUCUUUGAGGUCUAUUGUAAGAUAUAGUCUGUGUCCACAUCCAAGCCCGAGGAGUGACCUAACAAGAGAAUUCACUGGAGCCACCUGCGAAUGGCCGGGUUGGGCAAAUACCGCCUGACAAAUGCACGGAGGGUUGUCUUUGCGGCAAUUAUUUCCCGUGAGCUGGAAUUGUCUAUCACCCGGGAUGAAUGUGAGCGCGUUAGAUCAACGUCGGUGAGGCGGCUGAGAUUUGGUCUCGGGUAGUGAAUUCUCACCAAACUCAAAUUCUUUUAUCUCCUUUAUUUAUUUAUUUAUGUAUUU